UUUAUGGCUGGACUUUAAUUGUUACGGUGGCCCCUUGAAACGGUUGUUUGUCUUUGUUUCUGUGUAACAGGGGCUUAUCCCAACUAUUAAAGAGAUGUUACCCAAUUGUGAACAAAGAAUGUGUGCAAGACAUAUAUGCUCCAAUUGGGCCCAGGAUUGGAGAGGGGAGGAAAGAAGAAAACAAUUUUGGAGGUGUGCUAAGGCUAGCUUUCCUGUAAAGCUUAAAGAUGAACUUGCAAAGACUAGGAAAAUUGGGAGAGGGAAUAUGUGAGGACUUACUCUCCCUUGAUAAGGAGCACUGGUGUAAAGCUUAUUUCAGGUAUGAACCUAAAUGUGAUGUAGUGGAAAAUAAUAUGUGUGAGACAUUUAAUUCUUGGAUUGUAAGUCCAAGACAUAAAUCUAUUAUAAGUAUGCUUGAAGAGAUUAGGCACAAGAUAAUGAGUAGAAAUGUUGAUAUGAGGAAGUUUCCUGAUACUUGGAUUUCAGACAUAGCACCAAUGGCUAGGGUAGUACUGGAGGGAAAUAAGGACUUAGCUAGGAGAUGUGAAGUCCUUUUUAAUGGCGAUGUUGGAUAUGAAAUUCGUGAUGGUGAGUGUAGGCAUAUUGUUAACUUGCCAAAUAGGUCAUGCACUUGUAGACUUUGGAUGUUAAAGGGAAUUCCAUGUCCACAUGCUAUUUGUGCAUUCUAUCACAGUGGAGAAGAAGCAGAGGACUAUGUGGAACAUUGGUAUAGAAAAGACACCUUCUUGGAAGCUUUUAAGUGUUGCCUUCAACCAAUGCCCAAUAUGAAAAUGUGGCCUGAGACAAAUAAUCCAAUAAUUGAUCCACCAGAAGUGAAACCAUUGCCAGGCAGACGAAAGAGGGACAGAAGAAGAGAAAAGACUGAACCAAGAAAGAAAUAUGGUAAAGCUACCAAGAUUGGAGCGAAGAUGACAUGCUCAACUUGCAAACAGACAGGUCAUAAUAAGAAAGGGUGCAAAACAAGGAAUCAGAGUGGUGUUUCAAGAGAUAUGGGACAAUCUUCCACUAGUUCUGCACAACAUAAUGGUACAAAAGCAAGUGCAACUAUUCCUAUUGUUCCUAUGGCCGUAAUCCAUCUUCUAUUUGUGAAGAUACAUCUAGAGUUCAAAAAGUCAAUCCAAAUCGGGGGGAGAGGGAGAGGGAGAGGUGGUGGGAUUCCUACUAGUGAUUCAGGACUUGGAGUUGAGGGAGGUAGAGGAAGAAGUGGUGUUGGUGCUAAUUCUAGUGCCACAACUGCUUCUACUAGUGCCGCAACUUCAUCACGAUAUGAUUUUGGUGCUACAAGACCAAGGGUGCAGGGAUAUGGUAUUUACACUGACAUACGUACUGGAACAUCAAUAUUCAACCAAGGGAUGCCAAGUGAAAGAGUUCUAACACCCGGACUUCUGAAAAAUGCAGCUGAUACCAAUAUUGAUCUUGGCUUUCGACCUCAUGCUCUCAAACGGAAAGGCAAGAAAGCUAUAACCACUUUCCAAAUUCAGCAUCACAGAAACAUUGUUGCAAGUGCCAGAAAAAAAUUGAAAAAUGUUGCUUCAUCAAAUGAUAUAGAGUGACCCAGUGAAGAUGCAACUGUUUUGCCGUAUUUAAGAAUCACUUUAGGAGGAGGACUUUUGUAAAUCAAGUGCUUUAGCACAACUUGUUUUGCUUUUUGGGAUGUUAUAUUAAUUUCUUCAACACUAGUUGUUUUGUGGUCUAGAAGCAACUCUUUUGCAGCUCAUAUUUUGAGCUUUAAUUGUAGUAAUUAUAGCACAAGGAUAGCCGAAAGUUUCUUGA